CUUUCAUGUCAGCUGUACUUCUGGAUCAAGUGCAUUCUUUAAACGUGUAGUGAAAUUCGCACUCUAGCUAUAGGAAGGGCGACUAGCAUUUCCUGGACGUGCAGUAAUUAAUGUUUGCACUCAGCCAGGAAAUGCCAACGGCCAGCCGCACAAGACAGCUCAGAUUUCACCACUUAGCGACAGGCUGCGUCCACAACCAUGCAGGCUUACCGUACAGCAUGCUGGAGCAGGCGAUAGCGAUGGCGGGGGCGCUAUCGGAUGAGCCUGACUUCUCUACAUUCGAAAACAAGACAGGCCUUGCAGAAGAUAUGAAAUUUCUGGCUUCUAUGCCGGAGCUUUGUGACGUUACUUUUCUUGUGGGGGACACACGGGAGCCAGUGUGUGCCGUUAAGGCUGUUCUCGCCGCCCGCAGCAGGGUUUUCCACAAGCUUCUCUACAACUCGUACUCACCACAAAAGAAAAAAGAACCCAUGAGCCGUGAGAAGAAGAUCAAACUCUUCCUGAAGAGGUCUUCCGAACCCCUAAUGAACUUACAAGGACAGCAGCAGGGAAGACAAGGGCGCUCCGGAUACACUCACAAAUUGGACACCAUCCCGGAGCCUCAAGGGAAUGUACAUCAGACGCUUAUUGUCGAAGAAUUUGAGCCGGAUGUCUUCAGACAGUUGAUCGAAUACAUCCACACCGGGUGUGUUACUCUGCAGCCUCGGACCCUCCUUGGGUUGAUGAAUGCAGCUGACUACUACGGGCUAGAUGAGCUGAGGAAAGGCUGCUCAGGGUUCGUGCAGUGCUGCAUUAAUGUGGACACUGUUUGCGCAUUACUGGCAUCAGCGGAGCGUUACAUACAAUACAAGUGUACCAAGUCCAUGGUUCAAAAGGUCUUGGAAUUCGUGGAUGAACAUGGCAACGAAGUCCUCAACUUGGGCUCCUUCACGCUCCUGCCGCAACACGUGGUGCGGCUCAUUAUGGCGAGGGAGGAGCUGAGGGCUGACGAGUUCACCAAGUUUCAGGCGGGUCUUAUGUGGUCCAAAAAACACUGCGACAAUCAACCCAACACCGACCUCAAGGAGGUUAUUGGCAAUUUUUUGGAGUUCAUCCAUUUCUACAAAAUCCCAGCUAACAUCCUAAUGAAAGAGAUCCAUCCGCUUGGUCUUGUCCCAUACCAUAUCAUCAUGAACGCUCUUGCGUACCAGGCGGACCCAAGCAGUGUGGACCCAUCCAAGCUCUCCCCAAACAGAAGACGACCGCAGGACCCCUCAACGUCGGUGCAGAGCUCCCUGGAUCCUCUUGGCUCCAGCACCACGCUCUCAUCUUCUGCAUCCUCCGAGAUGGAAUCUGGGAGGCACUCGUCUGAAGGAGCCGCGGGUGGAGGGUUCAUGCCUCACGGUCACGUCCGGGAAAUGUAAGAAAAAUCCUGGAGAAGCUAAGCCGUACAGCGCUUAACAUUCGGUCCCCCAAAAUUCUCAGCCUAUUAUAGAAACUUGACAUUGAUAUUAUUUCUAGAAGGCCAUUUAAAGAGGGUUAUGUAAGUCGGUGACUCUGUAUAAUAUAUUUUCAUAUGUAGAAAAAUGCAAUGUAGCUUUAUAGUACAUGCAGGAAAUCAGAAUUCAAAUUACCCCCUACCACUUAAAUUGCUGAUUACCUUAAUUGCUUCUUCAAACUUCCCUCUACCCCCAAACAUGCUAGUUGGCAGUUAGCAUAAUAUUUUUAUACUGCAUUGCAUAAGCGUACAUCACCUUCUCAAUCGUUUAUUUGCACAUGACUUGGCUUACUCAUGGGACAGACGAGUAUUCUUUACACAGAGAAAGAAAACACUGGUUAAUGGGCUUUAGAUAUCUCUGUAUUGUCUAUCUACAGAACAUCAAUGUUUACAUAAAAAAUGAGAAGCUACACAGAAUAACAACACUUCAACUGUCGUUCCUUGAAUACCUUUUCAAAGGGAGUCCAAGAAAGUCUGUGUAUGCCUUCUUCUGCCUCUUAAAUUCCGCUGCCAUGUUAGCUCUCUAUCUUCUAUCGUUAUUUUCACCCUGACUGCUCUUCUGAACUUGCUAUCUGUAUGCCUCCCCCCCUCCCGCGGCCACGCUGCACACGACUUUCUACUAAAGCUCAUCCCUUUACUGUCCAAAUCUCUUACGCACGAGUUAACCAGCAUCUUCACUCUUUCAUCCCUCACGCUGGUAAACUCUGGAACAAUCUUCCUUCAUCUGUAUUUCCUCCUGCCUACGACUUGAACUCUUUCAAGAGGAGGGUAUCAGGACACCUCUCCUCCCAAAAUUGACCCCUCGUUCGGCCACUUCUUUGGAUUCUUUUUAGGAGUAGCGAGUAGCGGGCUUUUUUUUUUUAUAUUAUUGUUUCCUUUUUUUUGUGCCCUUGAGCUGUCUCCUUUGUUGUAAAAGAAAAUGCAAUCAUGUUUCUGUUAAUGGUAUAUAUA